AUGGAUCACCACGAGAGCAACGACAUUGAGAAGGCCGCGCGCAACGGCUCGAUCAUCGCUACCGCCGAUGUCAACCUGACUGAGGCGCCCGUYACCUGGAAGGCCUACCUUCUCUGCGCGUUCGCAUCCUUCGGUGGUAUCUUCUUCGGAUAUGACUCGGGUUACAUCAACGGUGUGCUCAACUCUCGCCUCUUCAUUGAGGAGGUCGAGGGUCCCGGUGUCUUCCUACCUGGUGGCACGAGGGCCAUCAGCAGCAGCAACACUUCGCUCAUCGUUUCUAUCCUCUCCGCUGGUACCUUCAUUGGUGCCGUCAUGGCCGGUGAUCUCUCCGACAUGAUCGGUCGCAAGUGGACCAUCAUCAUGGGCUGCAUGAUCUACAUUGUCGGUGUCAUCCUGCAAAUGGCUGCUGAUGGCCGCGAUCUCCUCGUCGCCGGACGUGCCAUCGCCGGUAUCGGUGUCGGUUUCGAGUCUGCCAUUGUCAUCCUCUACAUGUCCGAGAUCUGCCCAAAGAAGGUUCGYGGCGCGCUCGUGUCUGGAUACCAAUUCGCCAUCACUCUUGGUCUCCUGAUUGCCGCCUGCGUCAACUACGCUUCCCGCACCCGCAACGACACUGGCCAGUACCGCAUUCCAAUCGGCAUCCAGUUCGCUUGGGGUCUGAUCCUCGCCGGUGGUCUCUUCUUCCUCCCAGACUCCCCUCGCUACUUGAUCAAGAAGCAUGGUCUCGGUACCAGCGUCAACGACCCCGCUCGCAAGGCUUUGAUGAGAGUCCGUGGUGUGAGUGCCAGCGAGGCUGACACCCACUCUCGUCUCUUGGUCGAACACGAGCUUGCCGAGAUUGUCGCCAACGAGUUGUACGAGCGUGAGCUCAUGCCUGCUGGAGGCUGGUUCCAGGGCUGGGCCAACUGCUUCCGCGGUUCCGUGUUUGACUCCAACUCGAACCUGCGCAAGACCAUUCUCGGAACCUCUCUCCAGAUGAUGCAGCAGUGGACCGGUGUCAACUUCAUCUUCUACUACUCGACACCUUUCCUCGCCUCGACUGGUGCCAUCGACAACACCUUUUUGAUCUCUUUGAUCUUCACCCUGGUCAACGUCUGCUCCACUCCAAUCUCCUUCUACACUGUUGAGAAGUUUGGUCGCCGCACGCUCCUCAUCUGGGGUGCAUUCGGCAUGUUGAUUUGCCAGUUCUUGGUUGCCAUCAUCGGUGUCACGGUCGGAUUCAACAAGACCCACCCUAUCGGUGUGGAUGAGUUCGGCGCUCCCAUUACCCGCGCCGACAACAUUUCCGCGGUCAAUGCUCAGAUUGCAUUCAUUGCCAUCUUCAUCUUCUUCUUCGCCAGCACUUGGGGCCCCGGCGCUUGGGUUCUGAUUGGUGAGGUGUUCCCACUUCCAAUCCGCUCUCGUGGUGUUGCUCUUUCUACCGCAUCCAACUGGUUGUGGAACACCAUCAUUGCUGUCAUCACYCCGUACAUGGUCGGAAAGGACAAGGGUAACCUCCAAUCUUCAGUCUUCUUCGUUUGGGGAGGACUCUGCACAUGCGCUUUCGUCUACGCCUACUUCUUGGUCCCAGAGACCAAGGGACUGUCGCUCGAGCAGGUCGACCAGAUGAUGAAGGAGACCACCCCUCGUACCUCCGCCAAGUGGCGCCCAGCCCAGACUUUCGCCCAGUACACCGCCGAGAAGAGCGGUGUCGAGAACGUUGAGCGCGGAAACUCCUUCUCGCUGCCCGUCGGCGACUCCAAGGCCCUGGCCACCUCUCACUAG